AUGGAUGAGAAGCCAACUGGAGCGCCCAAUGCAGAGGCAACUCGUCUCCGAUGGCAGCCAGUUGAUGAAGAAACAGGCCUGCAGUCCAGAAGAGAUCCCCCGCCACUGUCUCGCACUAUCUCGGCGGCAUCAAAUAGCUCUGCUCGCAGUCGCGCGAGAAGAGCGACCGUUGACCCCUCACUUUCCUUGCCAAUCCAUUAUCGUACCGUUUCGUUCGAUAUUGAUGAAGUGAGAGAUCGUGAACGAGCUGAGGCCACCACGACCAAGAACAAUGUUGCAACCGACCUUUCUAACCUCAAUUGGCACAAAAUAUCCCCGGAAGAAGUACAGAAACGAUGGCGGGUUGACAUCUCUCAAGGGCUAUCGAGCGAUCAGAUCCAGCAACGGGUCCGGGAAUUUGGCAAAAACGCACUGUCUCCGCUACCACACCACUGGUUUUGGCAGAUCUUUGGCUAUUUCUUCAAGGGCUUUGGGGCGAUUCUAUUGAUUGGCUGUGUGCUCGUCUUCAUCUCGUGGAAACCCUUAGGACAGCCUCCUGCUGCGGCAAAUCUUGCCCUGGCCAUUGUCCUCCUCGCGGUGUUCUUCAUCCAGGCGGCCUUCAAUGCAUGGCAGGACUGGUCAUCCUCUAGGGUUAUGGCUUCUAUUACAGCCAUGCUGCCUGAGAGCUGUCUUGUUCUCCGAAACGGCUCUCUGAAUGUGGUCUCCGCCCCGGACAUUGUCCCCGGGGACGUGGUUCAUCUCAAAGCGGGAAACAAGCUACCUGCAGAUGUGCGCUUAGUUGGGGUCUCGAAUGACGUGACCUUUGAUCGGUCCAUCCUGACUGGCGAGUCCUUGCCUGUCAAUGGGACUGUGGAUUCAACGGAUGACAACUAUCUCGAAACGCACUGCAUCGGGCUUCAAGGCACUCACUGCGUCGCUGGAAGUGCAAUUGGUGUAGUUGUCUCCACUGGAGACUCAACUGUCUUUGGUCGGAUUGCCAAACUAACAAGCGAACCGAAGACAGGCCUAAGCACCCUUGAGAAGGAGGUCUUGCGAUUUGUCCUGUUAAUCGUUCUGAUCAUGCUGGCGAUGAUUAUCAUCGUGAUCGUUGUCUGGGCUACAUGGCUUCGAGUCGACCACCCUGGGUGGAUUAACGUACCGACAUUGAUCGUCGACUGUGUCAGUGUUGCAAUCGCGUUUAUUCCAGAGGGCUUGCCGAUCGCCUUGACUGCCAACCUAACCAUAACCGCCAACCUCAUGAGCAAGAACAAAAUUUUGUGCAAAUCUUUGAAGACUGUUGAGACGUUGGGGGCUGUUUCGGUGAUAUGCUCUGACAAAACUGGGACACUAACAAUGAACAAGAUGUUUGUGACCGACUGCGCCCUCUCAACAUCCUGCUUUAGCACAGACCUAGCCAGAGACGAAAUGGUCGUGAAGGGAAGGAGAACCGGGAUACAUCAGCUCCGUGGUAUUGCUGGUCUCUGCAAUGCGGCCGAGUUCGAUGCCUCUUCUAUGAGCCAGCCCCUUCACGAGAGGGAGAUCUAUGGUGAUGCAACCGAUCAGGCUAUCCUGAGAUUUUCCGAAGGCCUUGGAUCAGUUGCCGAGCUGAGGCAUGCCUGGCGAAAGACAUACGAGCUGGCAUUCAACAGCAAGAAUAAGUUCAUGAUCCGUACUUUUAGUCCGGCAGGAUCCGGAGGGCUAAGCUUUGCAAUGUCCACGGCAGAGUCAGCACAAUUCAAGCUGAAUGAUACUCUACUCACAAUAAAGGGCGCACCUGACUUUCUGAUCGAGCGAUGCACCCAGACUGUUGACACUGACGGAAGUGUGCAAGCUCUGGAUGGACGGAUACUGGCUCAUAUCAAAAACGUCAAAGAUCAAUGGUCCGGUGAAGGCAAACGCGUGAUUCUCCUUGCGCGGAAAGUCAUUCCAGCGUCCGAUAUUAUGUUUCCUCCUUCAUCUCGAGAGUUCGAAUCCGAGGCCAUGAAUCAUGCAAAGACCGGCCUAAUCCUCGUUGGCCUGGUCGGUAUUGUUGAUCCCCCAAGAGAGGAGAUUCCUGAUGUGGUCAGGACACUGAGGCGCGCAGGAGUCCGCAUCUUCAUGGUGACUGGUGAUUUUGGGCUCACUGCUGUCGCCAUUGCCCGGCAAUGCGGUAUAGUCAGCACUCAGGGACCAGUUGACGAUGCCUCAUGUCUCCAAAGACUAGACUCCGACGACGAAAAGCCCCCUGGAACUCCAUGCUCCGUUGCAAUCACCCUGAGCGGAUCCGAACUCAUGAGCUUGAACGACUAUCAAUGGGAACAGCUCUGCCAAUACCAGGAAAUCGUCUUCUGGCGAACGACUCCAGAGCAAAAGCUGCGCAUUGUCCGUGAAUUCCGCGCUCGCGACGAAAUCGUCGGCAUGACAGGCGACGGAGUCAACGACGCCCCAUCCCUCAAAGCAGCAGACAUUGGAAUUGCCCUUGGAAGCGGCUCUGAUAUUGCCAUCGAGGCAGCAGACAUGGUACUGAUGGAAUCGUUCUCGGCCAUCGUCGAAGCGGUACAAUACGGCCGCGUAGUCUUCGACAACCUAAAGAAAACCAUCAUCUACCUCCUCCCAGCCGGCUCAUUCUCCGAAUUCUGGCCCGUGUUCACCAGCGUCGUGUUCGGCCUUCCCCAGGUACUAUCCUCCUUCCUCAUGAUCAUCAUCUGCUGUUUCACCGACUGCGCCGCAGCCACCGUCUUCGCCUACGAAGCCCCCGAAGCCGACGUCCUCCUCCGCCCACCCCGCAAACCGAACCACAACCGCCUCGUAAACUGGAAACUCAUCCUGCACGCCUACGGCGUCCUCGGCCUCAUCGAAACCGCCACCUCUUUCGCCAUGGCCUUCUGGUACCUCGAACGCAACGGGAUCCCCUUUUCCGCCCUAUGGUUCAAAUUCGGCGCCAACCCAGAUAACAUCGACCCGGAGUGGCUCACUGCCCGUCUCAACGAAGCAAGCUCCGUUUACUUUAUCAAUCUUGUCGUCAUGCAAUGGUUCAACCUAAUGGCCAUCCGCACCCGACAUUUAUCCAUCUUCUCGCACCCGCCCGCCUUCAACAAACACACUCAGAACUUGCUCCUUUUUCCCGCGAUCUUGUUUGCCCUUGGGAUGGCAGUCUUCUGGUUAUAUAUCCCGCCGUUGCAGCGUGUAUUGGGCACGAGUAGUGUUCCUGUAGAGCAUUAUUUUCUGCCGGCUGCUUUUGGGUUGGGGAUUUUGGUCUUGGAUGAGCUGAGGAAGGCUGGAGUGAGGAGGUGGCCGGGGGGUGUGUUGAGUAGGUUGGCUUGGUGA